CCAUUCGCUUCACUCACCAUCUCACCUCAACUCUCCGAUCACAUCUCGAUUUUCCUCUUCUACACCAACACACACACUCGCUGCGCAAUUCGUUUUUGGGACAAGGAGUUCUGCAGCGGCAAAAUAUUAGCAGCGCAGAGCGAUGGAGAGCGUGGAUGAAAAUGGAGGAAGCCGCCUUGUGGUGACCGAGCUGGGCCACAUCAAGGAGCUGGUGAGGCAGCUCGGCGUCAACCUGGGAGGCUGUCCCGAGCACUGCAAGCGUCUGGCCGCCCAGAUCUUCGAUGUAACCGAGAGGUCCAUCGGCAUGAUCAUGUCCGGGCACUUCGACUGCCCGAAGCGCUCCGCCGCCGGCCUCGACUCGCCGCCCUUCUCCGCGACUCCCAGCCCCCUGAGCGACGUUUCGGGGAUGCCUUUCCAUACCAACAACAAGAAGAGGAAGAUAAUGGAGAAACGGAAGCAUCAGGUUAGGGUGAGCUCGGAGGUAGGAGGAGCAGAGACCCCAGUCGAUGACGGCCACAGCUGGAGGAAGUACGGCCAGAAGGACAUUCUUGGAGCCAAGCACCCAAGGGGGUACUACCGUUGCACGCACCGCAAAUCCCAGGGAUGCGCGGCGACGAAGCAGGUGCAGCGCGCCGACGAGGACCCGACUCUCUUCGACGUGAUCUACCACGGCGAGCACACGUGCAUUCAUAAGACGGUGGCGGCGUUAGCGGCGGGACACGCGGAGGAGAACCCGGGCGCGAGUAGGCUCCUGCAGAACCUGAGCACGAGCCUGACGGUGAACACCGAGGGGCUUACGGCGACGGCGGGUCACCAGGGCUGCAGCACCACCACGUCCUUCUGCUUCUCCUCGCAGGCGGCGCGCGUGCUGGCGCCGCAAGAGCACUACCCGUUCUCCAUGCCGUCAACGCCGGAGAACUGCUUUGGGCAAGGCGCGUCGCUGUCAACGUCCCUCGAACCCUCGCCGGUGACCUCGGACUCGAACCGCUUCUCCAUGACCCCGUUCCAGGCGGAGUGGAGGGCGCGGUCUGAGUUGGACGAGGUGGUGUCCGCGCUCGUGGCCGCGGGGGCGCCCGCCAUGGAGGAGACCCCCUUCUCGCUGGACGGGUUUGAGUUUGACGUUUCUGGCUUCUUUGCAUGAGAUGAUGGUAAAAAGGAUAACCAAAAGAAAAGCAGGAAAAAAAAAGACCUUUGAUAUUAGAGAUAUCACCCGCGAAGCUCUGGUUUUUGGUGAGCGCCAGAGGAAGAAUAACAAGAAACAAGUUCAUCUUGGGUCAGUGCAUGUGUGUUUGUGUAAGCUUUAGGAGAUGAGAUUAGUUCCUUUUCUUCAUAUUCUUUUCAUUUUCUUUAUUCGAGAGUUUUUUUCUUGUAAAUUCAGCUAGUAGUUCGCAAGUGUAUUGGCAAAAACAAAUUGUAAGCAAUGAAUAGUUCUUCACCUGA